CCUACAACAAUUUCUUUGUCCACCGAGCAGAACAAACAAGCUUCUCAUUGCACUUUGCGCGCGCGCACACUCCACUUCGCGCCGCCCAUCCUCCCCCACCUCCUGGUCCGAAAAUGCCGAAAUCGAAGCGCGCAAAGGUGGUCCACCUGUCCAAGGUGGAAAAAAAGGACAAGGAGCAUCGCCAGAAGAUCUUCACGGAAGUGCAGGAGGCCGCCGAGGCGUACCCGUACAUCUACGUCUUCCGCGUGUCAAACAUGCGCAACACGUAUCUGAAGGAGAUCCGCUCCGAGUUUUCAGACUCGAGGCUCUUCUUCGCCAAAACGAAAAUCAUGGCCAAGGCCCUGGGCACGACGCCGGAGUCGUCGCACCUGCCGGGCCUUUCGCUGCUCGCGCCGUACCUGCACGGCGACGUCGGCCUGCUGUGCACGCCGCGCCCGCCCUCCGACAUCCUGCCGUACUUCCGCGCCUUCAGCCAGACGGACUUUGCGCGCGCCGGCGUGCCCGCCUCGUUCACCUUCACGCUGCCCGCCGGCGUCCUGCACGCGCAGGGCGGCCAGGUCCCCUCGGCCGAGGACACGCCGGUCCAGCACAGUUCGGAGCCGAUGCUGCGGCGGUGGGGCCUGCCCACCCGCCUGGACAAGGGCAAGGUCGUCCUGGACGAGGAGUACACAGUGUGUGAGGAGGGCAAGGUGCUGAACAGUCACCAGACGGCCCUGCUGAAGUUCUUCGGCGUCGCGAUGGCCGAGUUCAAGAUCACGGUCGAGGCGUAUUGGACGGCGGAGACUGGAGACGUGAAGAAGGUGGACGGUGAGGCCAUGGAGGAGUGAGGCGAACGCAUGUGCAUACUCGUCUUCUUCUGCCUUUCCUUUCUUUUGUCUUCAUAACGUAACGGCGUUAGGGAGUUUCGAUCCCAGAGGCGGUGGGUUUCUUGAACGCUGGAUUAGGAAUUACACGGUGUUCCGAUGGGAGUCGCCCAAUUAUGAGGCCAUGAAAAAAGGCAUAUAUAAAUCACCAUAUUACAAGAGUAGGCAAAAUGCCACGACGUCAUGCUUCAUAUGCGUCCACAUGAACUAUACUUUGUGCGGCUUGCUCUGUUAUAUUCAAAGUAGAGUCCGAAUGCUCACCAUCUCUCAAAACUCUCCCGGCGACAAAUGACGAAAAGAAAAAAAAAAAGUUAUACAC